AUGCUGCUGCGAGCGCUGACCGCCCUCGUGCUCGCGGCGGCCACCGCGCCCGCUCUGCCGGACGAGACGGACUACACACCGAUCGUCGUUCCACUAGCAGUACGGUCGCCCUACGUCGGAGCGUACUUGACUGGUCGGCAGGACAAGAACCUCGCAACGAUGGACCCGCAUUUCUGGACGACGAUGCCGCUCGGCUGGAAGGGUUUGCUGCGGGUGGAUGGCGAGACGUGGAACUGGAUGGGCAACUUGACAGACUGGCCUGCUGCUGUUAACGCAUCUGUACGACAUACGGCCGCCGAGACCGCUUUCACCCUGACGAAUGACCCUCCUACCGUCGCCCUGCACGCUUCUUUCCUCUCUCCCGUCACUCCCGCCGACAUCUUCCGCCAAUCCGUCCCGUUCUCGUACCUCCACCUCACCGUCGAGUCGCUCGAUGGCCAGCCGCAUGAAGUCGAGGCGUACAGCGAGAUCAACGGUCUGUGGCUGGCAGACGAGGAGGACGAGCAGAUCGAGUGGGAGGCAGUCGAGCGAAAGCAGGAGGGCUGGACGGGUCUGCGCUCACGUCUACGGAAUCAGCGGAUAUUUGAGGAGGCGUAUAAGAAGGAUCCGUUUUCAGGCGAGUUGGUCUCGACGGAUCGGAUCUUGCAGGGCGACGUUUGGUACGCGGCGAAGACGCCCGCUGCGUCGCCCAUACGGACGACCUUCUCUGCUGGCGGCGACGCGAAGCAGACUCGGCGGACAUUCGCGCAGACCGGCGGUUUUCCCGCCACCAGCAAUUCGACUUCGCCCCGACCUAUUCGGUCUCGAUCGUCGAGCAACUCCUCCCUCAUCAUUGACGAACCCGUCUUCGCCUUUUCUCACACGUUCGGCCGUGUCUCUCCCUCGACGCCCACCUCACAUCGCUCCGCCCUUCUCGCCAUUGGCCAUGUCCGCGACCCUCUCGUCCGCUACAUGGCCGGCACCGCCGACUCUCCUCGCCUUCUCCACCUCCGCCCGCUCUGGGCAUCGACCUUCCACACAGUCGAACACCUCCUCAGCUGGUUCCUCGACGACUACUCAACCGCGAAAGAUAUGAGCGACGCGUACAAUUCGAAGCUCUACGCCGAUGCACGAGCGGUCGAGGACCAGGAGUACGGGCAUGUUGUCGCUAUCAGUACGCGGCAGGUCUUCAUGGCACUUGAGCCGGUCUGGGACGAGUCGGGGAGCACGGAGGCGGGCUUGGUUGCGUGGAGUCCGAUCACGGGCGAGCCGAUUCCUGCGAUGGUCAUGCUGAAGGAGAUCAGCUCGAACGGCAACGUCCAGACAGUCGACGUGAUCACGCCCUUCCUUCCCUUCCUCCUCUACUCCUCGCCGACGCUCCUCCCUCUCCUGCUCGAGCCGAUCUACCGGUACAUGUCGACCGGUCUGUACAUGCCCACCCCGCCAGCGCACGACCUCGGCGACCACUACCCAAACGCGACUGGUCACAACGACUUCCUCUACCCCGGCCUUCCGAUCGAAGAAGCAGGCAACAUGCUUGCCCUCGCUCUCGCAGGUAUGCGGGUCUCGCGACCGUCCAUCGCGCCACUCGCAGUGCACCAGCGCCUGCUGCACUGGUGGGACGGCGUCGGUUCGGAUGCUCGACCGCCCGUUGGCUGGGAAGCGGAGGUCGGAGUUGGGCGGGAUCAUCGCAGAGAGGGAGCGAGGAUGGCAUGGGCGCAGGCGAGGGAGUACUAUCCGCUCCUGAAGCGGUGGGCGCAGUACCUCGAGGAGAACAGCUUGUUCCCAGGCAACCAGCGCACGACGGACGAUUUUUUCGGCGCCGCUCCGAACCAGACGUCGCUCGUCAUCAAGGGCAUCGUCGGCUUGAGGUCGAUGAGCGAGAUUGCGCACAACUUGGGCGAGUACGCAGACCGCGAUCACUUCAAGAGCGUGUCGGAGCGAUUCCGCGAGCAGUUCCUCGAACUUGCCGUCUCGGCCGACAAGUCGCACCUGCUCGGCCAGUACAACAAUCAGAGCAGCUGGGUGAUGCACUACAACCUAUACUUCGAUCGCCUCCUCUUCACGAACGACUACGUCUUCUCUGAGGAGAUCUACGAGAUGCAGGACCGCUUCUACCCGACCGUCGCCGAACCCUUCGGUCCACCACUCGACUCCCGCUUCAAGACUCGAACAAAGACCGACUGGCUCGCCUGGACCGCCGCACUCUUCCCUCGCUCCUCACAGUCGCGCUCGCUUCUCCACUCCGCCCUCGCCCGCUACUUCCGCCAAUCGAAGAACGCAGUCUUUGGCGAUUCAAUCACGCCGCAGGAAGGCUGGAGCGUCGGUUUCCUCAGUCGACCCGUCGCUGGCGGACACUACGCGGCACUCGGACGCGAAGUGAUGGAGCGGGCGUGGGAGCAGCGGCAGCGGGAACAGCGGGAGAGCGAGAGUCGAGGGACGUUUUGGGCGACCGUCCUCAGUGCUGGCGGCGCUGGUACCGGCUUCGUCGUCUGGAGGUGGUUGAAGCGACGGCGAGCGCGGAGUGGUUACGUUGGACUUGGCGGACGAGGCACAUCAGGCGGUAGGAGAGGGAGCGAGGGAAUCUGGUUGGCCGAGAGUCCCCGGAGCGUCUUCGAGCUAGACAGCGUGGAGGACGACGAGGAAGACCGGUCCGACGACGAUGAGCGGCGGCGGAAAGGCGGAUUUGACGAGGAUGACGACGGAGAGGGGCUGAGUGUGCGGUGA